AUUUUCAUGCCAUGUGAUUGGAUGUUGACGGAUGGGUAAAACAAAGUCUGGUUCAUACUUGAUAAAAAUUGAGUAACCUUACAGAUACAUAGCUUAUCUGCUAUUUUCCAUGCUGUGGCUGUUUAGCUAAUUGCUAUUGUAUGCUAGUGUAUUUUAAUAUUUGGGUGUACAUGUCGUGACAGCUUCUGUUCUCAGUGUGAAAGUUUUUACUUGACCCAGCAUCAUCCAGUAUGACCCCUAAUAAUUAUAAAAAUAAAUGAAAGUGGUAAUUUUACAUGUUUUCCCAACCAUGGAGAACUUCAUGAGUCUUGCAAGGAUUGAACUAUUUUCUGUGAAGUUUCUGUAUUAUGAAUGGACCCUAGCAAUUUCCUUUUCUUUGCAAUGUUCCUGAUGUAGCCUUGACCUUUGAGUUACUUUAGCAAAAGGUCUGGGGGCUGCGAAUGAGUUUUCUUAUACUCAAUUUUGUCGAUAUAUGUUUUCUCCGAUUAUUCUUUGGAUUCCUUGUUGGCUUCUUCCUAUUCUAGAUUAUAGAAACAGGUACUUUCACGAUUCUAAGAACCACCGGAAAUAGUUGUUCAACUGUAGGACAAAAAUUGUACUGUUCGUAAGUGAAACAAUGUAUUGGGGUAAUUAUGUUAAGGUUGUCCUUAAACUAGUCUAUCGCUCUCAAAUCACUACUUCGUUAAGUGAUUUCAUGGUGUUCAUCUCCUUUCCUCACUGCCCGCAUUAGUUGUUUCGCUUUUCUCGCUGUGGGAAAAGUUAUUUGAUUACAACGCUUGGAAAAGCUUUUCAUUAUCUUCUAUUUUGCAGUACCAGCUCACAUUAGUUUCAUUCUUUUUAUUGCCUCAUUCACAACUGUACAACUAUGGUUCUCCCUCCGUUCAUUAUUAUAGGGUGUAUUAGUUUUCUGAAAAGUCAAACUACACUAAAUUUGACUAAGAGUUUUGAAAAAACUAUCAAUGCCCACUAUAUUAAAUAAAUAAAAUACUAAAAAAUAUAUACUUCAUGACGCAACUAAGGUACGGAUUUGAUGUUGUGGUUGUUGAUUUUUUCUAGAAAGUCGGUCGAAGCUAGUAUAGUUUGACUUUUCAGAAAACUAAUACACCUUAUAAUAAGGAAUGGAGGGAGCAUUGAAAGCGAUCACACCAUUUCGCUUCUGAGCAGUUAUAGGUCAUGAGAACGUGGCCUCUGAAUGCUGUCUUGCCUAGCAUCUUCAUAUUUGGUUCACAAUUUCAGAGAACUCAAGUUAACUGCAUCUCAUUUAAAGGGGAAUUUUCUACUAAAGCGACAGUGAGGAGUGUAAGAUGCAAAGCUGCUCAAACCCAGAGUGUUCAGCGCAAAUCUUCAACUGCGACUGCCAAGCGAUCUGAUCCCAAAGGUAAAACUCAAGCACCUAAACUGGAUGAUGGAAGCGGUGGGUUCCCUCCGUUCCGUUUUGGCAAAGGAGGCGGCGGGGGUGGAGGGGGCGGUGGCGGCGGCAACUACUUUGGUGGGUUCCUUCUCUUCACCAUCGUGCUGCUCCUGGAUUACCUGAAGGAGUUUGAGAAGUACCUGCUUGCUCGAAAGCAUCGUGUCAGAUAUGAUGAAGACGACGCGAGCAGUGGGCUGCUAGAGCCAUCAUCAUGAGUCUUAUUCGCACUAGCAGUCUCUAGCGUUUGAUCUGCAAGAUCUUUUCAUGUCUGUCCUUAGAACCGCAUCAUAUAACAGCCCUAUAUUUUUAAGCUAUCCCAGUCUUGAUAAGUUACGUGAUUGUGCCUGAGAUGCUGAAACUUCAUGCCAUCUGGCUGCUGUACUAGAGAGAUGCCGAAACUUCAUGUCAUCUGGUUGCUGCACUAGAAACAUAAGAGUAGUGCGGUAUAAUCCAGAUUGAUUGUAAUGCUUGGCUGCUUCUCAUAGCUGGAGAAUGUUUGUACUGGAAACAUAAGAGUAGUGAUCCAGAUUGAGUGGAAUGCUUGACGGCGAUCUCUUUUUCA